AUGGUAAAGAAGAAGGGCAAGAAGCAGCCGGCGAAGAGCGCGCCAAAGGAGGAGCCGCCAGCUCCCAGGGGGGAUGCCAGCAAAGGAGUGAAAGGUUUGAAGAACCUGGGCAACACAUGCUACGUGAACAGCGUGAUCCAGUGCAUGCACGCGGCCGCGGACUUCAGGGAGUCCCUGCCGGAUGGCCAGGCCUCCAACGCCGGAGGCAUUUGCGCGUCCCUGGGCAGCGUGCUGCGGAGCUUGAGCGGGCCAGGGGCCUCGCUGGGCCCCAAGGCACUGCACAGCAGCUUCUGCAACAAGUUCCCCUGGUUCAAGGGCCACCAGCAGCACGACGCCCACGAGUUCUUCUGCACCUUGCUGGGUGCGGUGGCGGAUGAGAAGGCGAAGGAGGCCAAGGACGCCAAAGAGGCCAAGGCCAAAGAGGAGGAUCCGGAGGACAAGGCCGAGGAGAGCGAGAGUGAGCCUCCCAGCGGCGAGCGCGCUGCUCGGCUGUUCCAAGGCCAACUCUGCAAUACGGUCCUCUGCUGGAACUGUCGGAAAAUCUCCACCCGGGUUCAUCCGUACUUCCACCUAUCGCUUCCAGUCCCUGAAACCGACAUGGCGGGCCCAGGCGCACUUGGCAUUCCGUCACAGCUGCUGCAUGCUGCGCAGAGCACGAGCCCGGAGGGACAGUGUGAGUCCAAGACUCCGAAUCCGGGCAAGGUGGAUGAAGCCAGCCAAACCGGUGAUGGCGAAUGCCCGGGGAGUGUCGCGAGCGGGACUCCCGAGGCGACAGCGGUUGAGAAGGAAGGAGGCUCAGAUGAAGCAAGCGCCGAAGAAAAAGAUGCAGAGGUAGCCACUGGGACCGGUAAGGAAACCGGCAAUGAGGCGGCUGUGGAAGAAGGCAGUGCGACUGCUGAGGUGAGUGAAGCUCUUGAAUCGGAGGUCCCACAUGAGGGGGAGCAUGCUGACAAGACCGAGGGCGAGGGUGAGGAGAACUCAUCUGAUGGGAAAGAAGCCGCAAUUGGAGAUGAGGACGCCUCAUUCGAGGUGUGUCUGCGCAGCGAAAAUUGCCGGCGGCCACAGUGGGGAUGGAAGUGGAACAUGGCAGCCAUGGCGAAAGAAGAGCUCCUGGUGUCGUCCAUCCAGCCAGACUCCCUCUUGGACAGCUGGAACCUCAAGCAGCUUACACUUCAUCGGCCAGACCGUGUCGUGCGACCAGGGGAUCGAGUUAUCUCGGUCCAAGGGGAGAGCGAGCACAAGCAGAUGCUGCAGAUCCUCAAGAAAGAGCCAGAGCUCACUCUGAUUUUUCAGCGCACUGACGCGUCGGAGUUCGUCCAGCCGGCGGCGGAGGAGAGCGAGCAGGACGAGAAGGAGGAGGCGGCGGAUCGGCAGCAGCGCUGCGUGUCCUUCCUGGAGGCCUGGCGGCAGUGCCAGGACCAGCUGCCGCAGGAGCUGCAAGGAAUGUAUCGCUGCGGCGCUAAGGAGCCGGAGGCGGUGGGUGCUGAGUGCACUUUGCAGGACUGCCUGCGGAAGUUUGCAGACCUGGAAGCCAUGGAAGAGGACUUCUACCCCUCCUACGAGUGCACUGACUGUGCCAAGGCGAAGGAGGCCGCGAAAGCCGCCGAGUCCGGCGCCAGUCCGUGUCCGGAGCUCCCUCCGGGUCCUCCGGGCCCUCCGGGCCCUUCGGGUCGACGGAAGGCGAAGAUGUUCGCCACUUCGAAGUAUUGGCUCUGCGGCACGCCCCAGAUGCUGACACUGCAGCUGAAGCGCUUCAACAAGAAGCUGCAGAAGAUUAAGACCAAGGUGGCCAUGCCAGCAACCCUGGAUCUGGCGGAGCUCGCCAUGACCCGGGAUACCGCUGGGAAGGUCCAAGGCCAUCUGAAGAGCGAGUGUGAGAAACAAGAGCUUCCCUGCCCAGAGGACACAAAGUAUGAGCUCUUUGGCGUUGUCCAGCAUCAUGGGUCCACUAUGCAGGGUGGCCACUACACGGCCUACGUCAAUUUGGGCAGCUCACUGGAAGGGGAUAGCUGGUAUUUUUGCAAUGACGCAGUUGUUACCAAAUGCGGCCUUCAGGAUGCUCUGAAGGCAGAAGCUUAUGUCGCUUUUUAUCGCAAGGUGGAGCAGCCAUCAGCCUCUGAGGCAUGA